GGUGCGCACGCACGUUGUUCCCAGCUGGCGGACACACGGUCCGCGUGAAGAGAAAGGGAGCGGGGGGCCCGCGCCUCGCCGCACGAAUGGUGAAUACAUGCAGAUGAUUAUCAGAAUUGUGUCGAAUUUGCUUUUUAUUUGAGAGCUUAUAAAACUGCUCAUCAUGGAGAAACAGCAGAUUGUGCUGGCUAACCGGGACGGUGGGACAGUGUCUGGCUCAGCACCUGCCUUUUUUGUUAUCUUGAAACAACAGCAGGGAAAUGGCAAAGGCGACCAAGGAAUCCUAGUGGCCAACCGUGACGCUUGCGCUCUGGCCAGUGGCGUAUUAAUGCCAGUAAAACCCAAAAUCAAGACCUGCCUCCCAGCUGACUGCGUCUCAGGGGGCAUCACUGUCACCCUAGACAACAACAGUAUGUGGAAUGAAUUCUACCAUCGCAACACGGAGAUGAUUCUGACGAAGCAGGGGAGGCGCAUGUUCCCUUACUGCCGAUACUGGAUUACAGGUCUGGAUGCCAGCCAGAAGUACAUCCUGGUCAUGGACAUCUCCCCCGUGGACAAUCACCGAUACAAAUGGAAUGGUCGCUGGUGGGAGCCUAGUGGGAAGGCAGAGCCCCACGUUCUUGGACGAGUGUUUAUUCAUCCAGAGUCGCCUUCCACUGGCCAGUACUGGAUGCACCAGCCGGUAUCUUUCUACAAACUCAAGCUUACCAACAAUACCCUGGACCAGGAGGGUCAUAUCAUCUUACAUUCUAUGCACCGCUAUCUGCCACGCCUUCACUUGGUUCCUGCAGACAAAGCCACCGAAGUCAUUCAGCUCAAUGGCCCAGAUGUCCAUACGUUUACCUUUCCACAGACAGAGUUCUUUGCAGUUACAGCCUACCAGAAUAUUCAGAUUACCCAGCUGAAAAUAGAUUACAAUCCUUUUGCUAAGGGAUUCAGAGAUGAUGGCUUGAAUAGUCGGCCUCAGCGCGAUGUGAAACAAAACAAUAGCUUUGAACUGGAAGAAGGUAAUGUUUUUAGCUCUGCCAGCAUUCGUAGUUGCCCUGCUGAAGUUGACAUGUUAGAAUUACGUCGGAGAAUAGAUUCUUCAUUCAUUGGUCAGAACUCAUCAGCCAUGAACCUGGAGAAAGAAUCCUUUAAUACAGAACAAGACUUUGUAGGUUUCCUGGACACUGGCCUGCCUUCCAGUGAUACGCCAAAGCUAAAACAAGAAGUCACUGAGAGUCCCAUUGCUAGCAGUUAUGAGAGCAGCUCCCGAGUGGCAUCCCCACUGGACCCCAGUGGACAGUUCAAUGUAGUCAUUAAAGAGGAACCCGUCGAUGAUUAUGACUACGAGACAAAUAUUUGCACACAAGGAGUAAGUGUGAAACAGGAAGACACGGAUGAAGAAACUGAUGAGUAUUCUAACACUGAUGAUGAUGAUGAUCCUGUCCUACAAAAAUGCCUGAGGAGAUACAGUGAAGCGGAUAGAAAUGAUGGAGACUUCAAGUCUAGGAAGCGUGUGCUAUCCAGUCCUUCAGGUGUUGCCAAGGCAAAAAUGUUAAAAUUGGAAAGUGGGAAGAUGCCUGUGGUUUAUUUGGAACCUUGUGCGGUUACAAAGAGUACAGUGAAGAUAUCUGAGCUACCACAGACCAUGCUGUCCUCUUGCAAGAAAGACAAAUCCGUGUUGAAUACAGUACUGGAUUCUUUACCAGUCUGCUUUGAAAAUCACAAAGGUUCUUACUCAGACACAGCUGCUAUAACUGAGGAGCUACCCAUUAAAAAAAUGUCUCCUGGAAAUAAACUGGCACAGAAAUAUUCCUCAAUCAAAGAGGCCCAAUGGAUUCUAUCUAAAUCACCUAAUUUUAAUCUUAGGAGCUCCGUAAGUUGUCAGGUUUCAGAAAAAGAGAUUUGUGGAAGAAAAAAAACUGGAGUACUGAAGAAUUCUGCGUCCCUGAAAGGCUCUGGUAGCAGUCAAAACUCACUGUCAUCAGGUACCACUAAAAGAGGAAGGCCACGGAAACUGAAAAUCACCAAGGCUGGUCGGCCACCAAAAGGUAUAGGGAAACCUGUGAUAACAAGCAAGAACAGCCCUGUGGGGCCUGGGAGUAUCCUUCCAGAUGUUAAGCCAGACCUUGAAGAUGUUGAUGGAGUCCUCUUUGUGUCCUUUGCAUCAAAGGAAGCUCUUGACAUUCACACUGUUGAUAGAGCUGGAGGAGAAGAAUCACAGAAUCUUCAGGCUCCCUUGUUGACUACAAAUGAUCCAGAUUGUCAGGCAAGAAUACAAGUACUGGAAAAGGAGUUGAUGGAAGAGCUGAAAACCUUGAGGCAUAAGCAAGUAAUACAUCCGAGCCUUCAGGAAGUGGGAUUGAAGUUAAAUUCUGUGGACCCAACAAUGAGCAUUGACUUGAAAUACUUGGGUGUGCAGCUUCCUCUUUCCUAUUCAAAUUAUUCUUUGUGGAGCUAUCCAGGAACAAACCCCAAUUCUCCAGAUACUGGAUUUCCUUUUGUUUCCAGAACAGGAAAGACAAAUGAUUUCAGAAAGAUCAAAGGCUGGCGAGGGAAGCUUCAUGGUGCUUCUAGAAAUGAAGGUGGCAGUUCAGAAGGUUCCUUGAAGAAUCGCUCAGCAUUCUGUAGUGACAAGCUGGAUGAGUACCUGGAAAAUGAAGGAAAGCUGAUGGAAACGAGUAUGGGAUUCUCUUCUAGCACGCCCACUUCCCCUGUGGUGUAUCAGCUUCCCACCAAGAGCACUAGCUAUGUGCGAACGCUAGACAGUGUUUUGAAGAAGCAGUCCACCGUAAUUCCAUCCACAUCUUACACGUUCAAGCCUGCUUCUCUGUCAUCUACCUCUAGGAAGGCAAGGACUCAAAACAGGCAGACAUCUUCAAACAGUAGAGGAAGAUCAUCCUACAAGCCUAUACUGCCUUCGCCUUUUCCUGCCAAGCAGAAACAGAACUUUUCAGCAUCAGUAGAAAAGGCUGCUAAGUCUCUGUCGAGUAGCUGUUUGACUAACCAAGCAGAUGGUUUCCUGAUGCCAAAUCUGGAUGAAAACACACUGCCAAAACAAAUCAGUUUGCGCCACACACCACAACAGCAACAAGCAGCUCGUCCGCCAGGUCUGUCUAAAUCUCAAGUAAAGCUAAUGGACCUGGAAGACUGUGCUCUCUGGGAUGGCAAACCACGAACCUACAUUACAGAAGAACGAGCGGAUAUCUCCCUGGCUACUCUGCUUACAGCUCAGGCUUCUCUCAAAAACAAACCUAUCCAUAAAAUAAUACGACGACGAGCACCUCCUUGCAAUAAUGAUUUCUGUCGGCUGGGUUGUAUAUGUGCCAGUCUAGCACUGGAAAAACGUCAGCCUACCCAUUGCCGCAGGCCAGACUGUAUGUUUGGGUGUACUUGCCUGAAGAGAAAAGUACUGGUGGUGAAGGGUGGAUCAAAACAUAAGAAAAUUCUGAAAAAGGCUGUGCGUGGAAAUCUUGUGUUGUAUGGAUCACAAGAAGAACAGCAAGAGGAUGGAGAUGUGGAAGAAGAGGGUGUGGGAGAAGAAGAUGAAAUGAAGCAGAAAGACAAGAAGAGAAGAAAAAAAGUGGAAUACACUAUCUGUGACUCAGAGCCAGAAAAGCCUCUUAGGAAUUGUCCAUUGUGGGUAAAAGUAGAAGGUGAAAUAGAUCCAGAACCUAUUUACAUUCCAACACCAUCUGUUAUUGAACCAGUUAAAUCUACAGUCCUGCCUAACCCAGAAGUUGUGCUUUCUGGUAAACAUAGAUCUUCCAGUGGAGUGAAAACAGGCAGAGUGUAUACUCCUAAACCCAACCCCGUGAUUCGAGAGGAGGACAAGGAUCCUAUCUACUUGUAUUUUGAAAGUAUGAUGACUUGUGCGAGGGUUCGAGUAUAUGAGCCUGGGAAGGAGGAAAAAAAUCAACAAAAAGACCAAAAGGAUUCACAGAGUUUUCUUGUAAAGAUGUAUGAACAAGGACUUCCGUCUUCAAAGAAGGAAUCUUCUAAGAAAGAAUUAUCUAAAAAAGAGUCUUCUAAGAAAGAGUCUUGUAAGAAAGAAACCAGUGAGAUAAACAAAGACCCUGAAAAAUGUGGAGAGAAAAGUUCGUGGUCUUCCCAUAGUGAGGGGGACUCUUCCUCCGCCUCCUGUGUUCAUCCCACCACUUCAUGUGCACCAACCAAACUUAUCGAGAUUAUCUCUGACUGCAGCUGGAAUGAAGAUUGCAGUAAGAUAUUGACCAUCCUAUCACAGCACAUCAACAGUAACAUGCCACAGUGCCUCAAAGUGGGUAGCCUCAUUAUUGAAUUGGCUUCGGAACACGAGGCUCAGGAUGCAAACAACCCUCCUGUGUACUCCUCCAGAGUGAAAAUUUCAGUGCCAUCCUACCAGGACAGUGAUGAGAAGCCUGAGUCACCUGACUUGGAGACUCCCGAUAGUGGAGUGCCGUCAUGCAAAAAAGCAGAAAAUGUAAAGCUCUUUCAGGCUUACACAUUGGACAAGCUGCGGGAGAAGUUGCAUGGGGGCAAAGGCUUGCCUUUUUAUGCAGGGAUUUCUCCUGCAGGAAAGCUGGUUGUCUACAAGCGCAAAGCUAAUAUGAGCCACUCAGGCUUGAUUCAGGUUAAUGAUAAAAGGUAUCCUCAGGCCAAACUGCUUUUGGGACAGAUGGGGGCAUUACAUCCUGCCAGUCGGCUAGCUGCUUAUGUCACAGGCAGGCUGCGACCCACAGUACUUGAUAUCUCAACCCUCAGUACUGUGAUCUCCAAGGUAGCAUCCAGUGCUUCUGGGACACCAUCAGUCCAGGUGCCCACAACAUCAGCUCCCAAAACUACAUCUUCCAUCAGCACUACUUCAAACCCCAGUGUGACGACUCUGAAAGCUCUUAUCCCACCACUGAGACAGAUAGCUGCUCGACCCUCACCUGGUGGUGUGUUCACAAAGUUUGUGAUGAACAAGGUUGGAGUUCUGCAGCAGAAGAUUCCUUCAGUGAGCACAUGCCAGCCUCUGUCAGGGCCACAGAAGCUCAGUAUCAGUCCUACACCGAUAAUGGUUGUCACCCCUGUGGUUCCCACAAGUCUGUCUCCAGCUCACUGCACUAUCUCUCCUGGGGUCACUACAGCCACCACCACUUUUCCUGUAACUGUAGAAAGUACCAGUGUGGCACCAUCUACUGUGUCUGCUCCUAGCCAAACAAGAGCUAGUGAACCUGCCUCCUCUCCUCCUGCAAUUACAGUCACAGGUGCUUCUGCAACACCUGGAACCAACACUUGCACCACUUCCUCAUCUGCCACUCCUACCGCCACUGUGAACGUAACCAAAGCAGCUGUGGUUGCUGCCCCAGUACCAACUCUGUCACUCCCUACUGUAGUAACAGCACCAACAAUUACUUGUCCUGUUAUCACAACAUCCCCUUCUACAGUUGUUCUAACAACUGCAGUGGCUACGUCUGUGGUGACCACACCAGCUUCCUCUGUCAGCUCUGUUCCGAUAAUACUGUCAGGAGUGAAGUCAGCUCCUUCAAUAGCUCCAAAAAGAGAAGAUGCUACUCCUCAAGUGCAAGCUGUAAAUAAGACUCCUCCAAAGAUACCUCCUGGAACAGAGAAACGUGUAGGACCACGACUGUUGUUGAUUCCGGUGCCUCAGACAUCCCCUGCUUUGCGACCAUUAAACAACGUGCAACUUCCUCAGAAACAGAGAAUGGUUCUUCAGCCUCUCAGAAGCCCUGGUGGUGUGAACCUGUUCAGGCAUCCUAAUGGACAGAUAAUUCAGCUUGUCCCACUGCAGCAUUUUCGAGCUCCGGGUGCCCAGCCCAGUGCCCAGCCUAACGUGCAGCAGCCAGUGAUGUUCCGCAAUCCAGGAUCUGUUGUAGGAAUUCGGUUGCCUACACCUGCUAAGCCUCCUGAGCCACCUGUAUCUUCUGCUUCCUCUGUGUCUUCCACUCCUUCUGUCACAAAUUCAACUGUACAAACUGCAGGACCCAAGUCAUCCUCUAGGUCCACUCCAGCUACUCAAGCAUCUUCUCCUUCUCCUUCAGUAACAAGAUACGUGUCACAAACAGGCGCUGUGACUCUGAAGAUCUCACCUGCUACUACUAAUGUGACAAAUCAAACCACCACUGAAUCAAAAAUAACUAGCAACUCAGGUGUUCAGCCAUCUUCGAAUGGUAAUGUCUUACCUUUACAAUCUGGUAGUUUUGCUUUACUUCAGCUCCCAGGACAGAAGACUGUACCAAACUCCAUUCUUCACCAUUUUGCAUCUCUUCAGAUGAAGAAGGACUCCAAGAAAAUAAGCCAGAAAGAUGACUCAGGUGCUGCUCAGCAAGCAGAAACAGAGAAGGAUUUGCACGCAGAGGAGAGUGAAGUUGCAGAGUCUGAGGCCGCAGAGUCAGGUGGCAAAAAAGAAGAAAAGGAGGUGUCAGUAAACAAGUCAAAUAAUGUUGAAGGAUCAGUGUCUCAAACAAUCACACCUGUUGAAAGUUUCACUGCUUUAGAGGCAUUUGAGAAGGAUUCAAAGGUGCUUGAGGGUUCUGGUGAUGAUGGCCCCUCUCUUCAGAAUGAUGUUUCCACAGAUGUUAUAUCUUCUGACCAUUCAUACAUCAGUGAAAAGCCAAAUGAUGAGGAAGCAGUCACAGAUGAGAAAAAGGAUUUGGUCUGUUCUGAAAAUGUAGGGGCUGUUUCAACUAACUCUGAAACAGUUUGUGAAUCAUUAGAAUAUUCUCUAGUUGCUCCUCUGAAUGAUGCACAUCCACAGGGUCUCAAGGAUCAAGAGGCUGUACAGUUGAAGAAUCAUGGAAAAGACCAAAUACAUGCUGAAUGGGAAGAUAAACCAGUUAAGGAACAGGAGGGUGAAGUGCAGGCACAUAUGAAGGAGAAUAACAAAGCAAGUUCUGGGCAGUCAUGGAGGCAGCAAGAGCAAGAUAUACAGCUGGAGAACAAAAAGGAACAGACAGGAACUGAACUGCCGCAGAACAAAAAAGAGUUCCAGGAUGGUCUUGUGCAGCCGAAAGUGGAAGAAGAGUGCAAGGCCUAUGCAGAAGCAGAAAGCUUAAGAGAGAAAAAAACAGGCAAGUCUGAAAUAAGUUCUGCAAAAGAGCAAUGUAAUGCUUUGGGAGAUAAGCAGGUAAUAAGUACUGUGGAAGGCAGAACCAACAUAGCCACGCAGGAAAGCAGUAAAAACAAAGAGCAAGGUGCUGUUGAUUCUCAGGAGGAAAUCAAAGCAGUUGAAGAUACUGUAAUACCUGCUAACAGUUCCUGGAGCAAAAUAUCCAGCAUUGCGCCUGUUUCAGAAAACAAAAGUGAAGGAGCUAACGAAGCUGACAGAUCUGAUAUAGGUGACUUCAUGAUGCCUGGACAGAAGGCACAGGAACCCAGGCAUCACAAAAAGAGUUCUAUGCCCACUGCUGAUAUAACUGAUUAUAUGGAAGAGGAAGAAGAUGAUGAUGAUGAUGAUGAUGAUGAAGAUGAAAAAACUGAUGAUUCUGCUGAUGAGAUGCUGGAUGGUGCUUCUGAUUUCUUAAGUGAAGAGGAAAUAGAUGUUGAAAAAGUGUUCCAGGAUGCGUGUGAAUACAGUGAGGAUGACGAGCAGGUGGACAUUGAGACCGUGGAGGAGCUUUCAGAGAAGAUUAACAUUGCCCGUCUGAAGGCCACAGCUGCUAAUAUCCAACCUUCCAAAGAGAAAUACCAUGCUCGUAAUUCUUCGGAUGAAAAAUUAACAGAAAGCCCUACGAAGCAGAAUCCUCCAAUCUGGAGCAGAAGGCAGAAGUCUGAGGAAGAAGCUUUUGCUCAUUACCGCCAGACACACACAGCAAAUGAACGCCGGCGACGUAACGAAAUGAGAGAUCUCUUUGAAAAACUGAAGAGAGCUCUGGGGUUGCACAGUCUUUCCAAGGUGUCCAAAUGCUACAUUCUCAAGCAAGCCUUUGAUGAAAUCCAGGGAUUGACAGAUCAGGCAGAUAAGCUUACUGGACAGAAGAACUUACUGGCGCGCAAACAGGAUACUUUGAUUCGAAAAGUUUCCAUACUUUCAGGGAAGACAGAAGAGGUUGUCCUAAAGAAGCUAGAAUAUAUGUAUGCCAAACAAAAAGCUGUAGAAGCACAAAAAAAGAAGAAAAAUGUUCAACCAGCAGAAUCUGUUGUAACCUCACCUGCUAGCACACAUCAAGAAGCAUCUUCUGCUCUACCCAGAGAUCUGAGCAAAGUGCCUAUGACAAAUAGAAGAGGCAAGCCAUUGAUACUUGCCAGAAAAGGAAGCCAUGCCACAGAGAACACCUCAUCCUCUCUGACACUAACUGCUGCAAGCCUAGUGAUGACUCCCCAGGGGCAGGUGCUCACGCUGAAGAGCCCACUGGUACCCGGGCAGGUAGCAGCUGUGCCCUCCACGCUCUUGCAGGCUGAAUUAAAGCCUCGAACUGUCAGCAAUACCGUGACAGCGCAGCCAGGUAUUGCUUCUGUGAUGAUUCAGCUGCCUGGAUCAGCAGUUCCUGUCCAAGUAAAAGGAAUCCUUACUAACUCUGCUAUUCCCAUUACACUGUCAACUGUUGCUGGAAACCCAGUACCCUCAGCAGUAGUUCCAGCCCCAGAGUCCCAUUCAGAAAGUGAAGAUUCAUUCAUGAUGCCAAAGAUUGUUAAUGUAACAUCCCUGGCUGCUGAAGAAGGCCUGAGUCUAAACCUGAACAGAAGCAAAAAUUCUAACACGACAGCUGCGAGUACUCAGGCUUCUGAGAAAUCUUUGGUGUCGCCUCUUGAAAGUAGGAAGAGCGACAGCAUCCUUUUAGAAGAGAAAAGCAAACCGUGUCCUGGAGACAGUGACGGAGAGGGAAGAAGUAGCACAGGUUCUGUGAAAGGUUUCUUUGAAAACAAAGAUGGUUUUCCACAGCUCCAGAAUGUAUCGUGUGCAAAGGAACCUCCAGAGUCUUUUGGCAAAAAGCUCUGCGUUGGUGAGCUUGUAGGAAGCCAAGCCAGGAAGAAGGAUGGUGAUCACGGAGGGGAAAGGUUGAAAACGAAAGAGCUGCCAUUUCGCAAGCUGCAGAUCAAAGAUUCGAGGAUAGAAAUGGAACUGAGGAAAGUAGCUUCUGCAAUGGAGGAAGCAGAACUGGAUGCAGGUGAGUUACUGAGCAGCAUUGAGGAGAGUGAUGACACUGAUGAGACCCUCACUUCUCUGCUCAAUGAGAUUGCUUUUCUCAAUCAGCAACUGAAUGAUGACGCUUCAGGUAUGUCAGAGCUGCCCAGCGCUCUAGGCUCAGAUUUCUCCCAUGGAGACGCAGAGGCCCGCCGCGGAACAGCCGGUGAUCUCACCACUGCAGAUGGUUCUUCCUUCCAGUUCGGCCAUCUGGGAGGCGCUUUUAAAGACCUUUCUGAGGUUCCAGAGGGCGGUGGCUCUUUAAGCCCUCUCUUGUUGCACCUGGAAGAUGAUGACCUUACUGAGGGGGACAAGAAUUCUGGGGAGCCUUCAUCUGAAGCAGAUGUUCUGAAAAUAGUAAUCGGUGCUGAAAUGAAGGAUGCGCUUCCCAACCUGUCUGUAACCAGUGGCGGGAAUGGCAAAACUGUAGCAAACUUGGCAGAGGCCACUGGUGUGACUCCACCGAUUUUGCAGAUGAAAACUAACCCGGAAGCUAGUAAUGCUGACACUUUGUGGAGGCCCAUGCCCAAGUUGGCACCGCUUGGCUUAAAAGUAGCAAGUCUGCCAGUGGAUUCAGAAGGGCAGAGUGCUAAAGUGAUGCCCUUGCUGGCACCUAUAGUUGCAAAACUGGCACCCGCUGGGGUAAAAACUUCAUCUGUAACCGCUCAAGAAGGACAGGAUAACAAAACAAUGCCUGCAUUAGCUCCUGUGGGUACAAAAUUUAGUAAUUCUGGGACCCUACCUUCAAAUUCAGUUGGCAAAUAAGUGUGCGUAUAUUUUAUCAGAGAGUGGAAUGGAGAUCUGGAGCAGUGCGAACCAAUGGCUGUGUCUGGCAACCUCCCUUGUCUGCAACACUUUGUUUUCUGUAUGGCAUCAGCACUGUUCGUCUGAGGGCAGGCCCCAAACUGAGAAAUGAGUGCUAUGAAGCUAAAGCAUGUUGACGUAUUUUUACCUCACUGUUGUAUUCUGGGAGUUCUCAUUCCCCUUCACAAAAUAUGGAAGAUGAUCUGUAAACCGUUGCUGGGCACGUGGUAUCCUUCCAAAAUAGGAUCUUCAAGGAAAUAGUUUAUAAAAGGACUGAGAAACUUAGGCUGUUGACAGAGAUUUUUUUUUUCCCAGUAGACAGGCAGCUGUUUGUUGUUGAGUUAAAAAUCAGGUGUAUUUGGUUUUGUACCAGGCAAACUAUCUAUGCAGAAAUGGAAUUGUUCACAUUUAUUGUACCCAGUGUUUUGCAGAAUACAAUGCAUGUGCAGAAAUGAGAUUGCAAUUACUGUCAGAUUUGUUACCUAGAACAGCAGAAGGGAAACUGCAGAUUGUGUGGAGGGCUGAAGUGAAGCGUUUCUGUUCCUUGGUGCUAGUGCUCUGUCAGAGACUCUUUGUAGUAGCUUAUGCACAGAACUCUUAGUACAUGGGAAGGAUAUUUCCCACUGUAAUAAGAACUAGAACAGUAUGUAAACUCUUAAAAAAAUAAAAAUACAAAAAAUUGAAAACCCACCACUUUCACCUCAUGCCCCCAUCCAAAUAACUCUCUCUUUGAUGGUUCGGGCAUUCGUAAGGGAAGAGUUCAGAGAGUAGAGAAGAAUUUGGGUACCUCUUUGCUCCAUCUCUAAAUACAAUGCUGAAGUAGCUGGAGCAUUUUCCUAGUUCUCUUCAUUCCUCCUGCCAUUCUUCAAGAUGCAUUUGGUUGCUAGAUGUGUUAAUAGGAAGUCUUUCUUCAUGAAAUACAGAACUGUAUCUGGAACAGAACUGGUACAGAACUGUCAGGGCUGUUGGAGCCUAAAAUAAAUGAGUGAGGUGUAUAUUUGAAUGUAUAUAUGAAAAUAUGUAUAGCUUUUCAACCUUACAUUUCUUCAUGAAUUCAGGAAAGGUACUCAGAGGUUUCUCACUGCGUUUGCACAAGAUGUGUAUAGGAAAAAAAAAAGCCAACAAAAAUGCUCAUUACCAGGGAAAUAGGGCAGUAUUGAAUCACAAGAUGUAUUUUUAUUCUUCUCUGCCACUGCUUACUCAAUAACCUGUAGGUGCUCUUUGCUGUCCCUCUGUAGGAGGUGAAGGGCCUGCAGACUGUAAAGAUAUUUAUAUUUUUGUACACGAUUUUUGUUUUCAUAGUUUUCUUGAAAAAUGAAAUUUUCAGCCUAGGAGAGAUGAUUUGUUAAUGAGUGCAUACACAGUCUUUUCCUAUCAAGUUUGUAAACAGGAGUUACGGUGCGCUUGAGGGGCUUCUGAACUGCUCCUAGAAGGCAGAAAGCAUGGCUGUGAGAACGAUACAGAAGUUGGAAAAUAGAUGGUGCAUUUUGCUUUACAUUUAGGAACAUUAUCCCCUGCCUUACUGUUCUGGCAGCAGCAGCUGGGAUUUUUCCCUCCCUCCCAUAUUCCCAGUCUUUGGUGAGGCACUACAGGAGGAAUCUCAUCUUCCCGCACUGAGGCUGUGCAGUGCUGAGUGAUGUUCUUCCACAGUUGGAGAGCAGUGUUUGCUCUACAUGCUGUGCAGCCGUAUGGGGUAAGCUGCAGCUUCUGGAUCUAUGUCUGCUUGCGCCCCCUAGGGGAUGGUAUAUCUUGGGUGUUUGCUGGUCUUUUUUAUGAUUUAUCUAUUAUGCUGUGAAGGAGAGGAGCCCUUAUAGCUAGGUGUGCAAGCAGGUUACUUCAGAGCCUGUAUGAAUAAGGUGUCUUCGCCUUGUCUCUCUAAGCGAUGUGUUUUAAAGCAGUUACAUGUAUCUCAUUGCUCAUUGCUGUCUCAUUUAAAUGUUUGAUACUAGUGUUAUAUUAAUUCUUUGGAAGAGAGAAUAUAUGCCAGCCUGAGAGUCAUGCAGAGUCUUACAGUUCUCACUGGAAUGCCUUAGAAAAGGGAAUUAAUUUGUGAAUACACGUAUUUUGCUUAAUGUUAAGGAUUUUAAACCUUGUUUUAAGUCAGUGGAAGUCUGGAGUAACUUUAUCAGUUCAGUAGCAUUACAUCAGACAUAAAAUUAUUUACCUGGGAAUCUGGUUCUGAGCAUUUCUAAUAGGCUGAAGUUGUUUUUUUUUUUUAAUAACCUAUGGCAGUUUACUUUGCCAAGUGCUUUUAUGCCCCCCUCCCAUGCAUGAAACAGCAACCAGAACAGCGGUGAUUCCUCUCAAAUCCCCAGUCACUGACUUCUUUCUGCCCCCUGCCCCUUCAUGGUCCCACCUGGCUGAUGUAUAACUACAGAAUUGUGUUGCUUAAGUGCUUUUAAAAAGGUUUGUGCGUUGCACGCUUCUUUCUGUAAGGCAGAGGAAGCAGCAGCAUUAAAGCCAUGCAAAGGUUAUCUGAAAUCAGUGUUCUGCUGUAGUAGAUGUUUUGUUCACUAUCAAGGUAACAGAAGGUGCUUGGAAAAAAUGCUGGUUCCUGCAUGUAGUACUUUAGGUAAGAACACACCCCAACUUUAGCUGCAAAAGGCAGUGAUUGGUACAGUGCUGGGCAACAAAGCAUGUUUGAAAUGCUCUCUGUUCUUGCUUCUCCUUGUUUCACCAUCUCUUGACUGCAGCUUAAUAAUUUGCUAUGGAUUUAAAUGCUGCUCCCCCUCAGUUCCCCCCCACCCCCUUUUUUUUUUUCCCCUCAUACUCCCAUUUAUUUGGAAUAUAUCUUUUAAAAAUGAUGUAUGCUGUCUUUUGAGGCAAUAAUGCAAGAAUGUGACAUGAAAUGAAAAGGUUUUAGAGUCAGGAGAAGGAAACCCCUGCAAGGCGCACAUUCUCACUAGACCAAGAGACCUGGAGAUUUUGUUUUUUACACACCUGUAAAUAGACUGGAAUGUUUUUAAGAAUAUAAUGAGAUGUCAGAUUUAGCUUUUUUCCUUUUAUAUAUUAAAAUAUAUCUUUCCCUCUUUUCUGCUUUUGAAAAAUUGAUAUUUUUGUAGAAAACUAACAGUACAGGACUAUGAAAUAACUGUAUGUGAGGGACAAAGUGUAAAACUAAAAUAAACCAAUCAAGCUGAA